GUCUCCCCCUGCUCCUGCCUCCCACCGCUGCAGAGUCCCUGGCACCUGGAGAGUCUGCCACUGUUGUCAUGGGCAUUAAUUUCUGUGACUCAACCCAGGCGGCCAACUUCCAGCUAUGCACCCAAACCCGACAGUUCUAUGUCUCCAUUCAGCCACCCGUUGGGGAGCUGAUGGCCCCCGUGUUCCUGAGUGAGAAUGAGUUCAAGAAAGAACAGGCAAAGCUGACGGGCAUGAAUGAGAUCACAGAGAAGCUCACGCUGCCAGACACCUGUCGGAGUGACCACGUUGUGGUGCAGAAAGUGACGGCCACAGCCAACCUGGGUCGUGUCCCUUGCGGGACAUCUGACGAAUACAGGUUUGCAGGGAGGACGCUGACCAGUGGGAGCCUGGUCCUGCUGACGCUGGAUGCCCGGCCCACUGGAACUGCCCAGCUGACGGUCAACAGCGAGAAGAUGGUGAUUGGCACCAUGCUGGUGAAGGACGUGGUACAGGCCCUGACCCAGUGAUACCAAGGGCUGUGACCUGUGUGACCCCUUCUUGUCCCUCCCUCGUGACAUGUAGGCUAUUAGCCUCUCUCUCUCGCUCUCUCCUCAUCCCAUGUAGCAUCCAGGGGGGUCCUCUCUCUCUCUGGUCAUUGCCAGGCUCCCUUCUGGUCCCCCCACUCCAAGGUUCCUUAGUGAUCUGUGCAGAGGGAUUCCAUUCAGCCUUCCCAGCUUGGUGUGGCUAUUUAUGUGGCAAAAGCUCAAUAAAAUAUCUUCUCCCUA